AUGCCACGCGACAACGAUGCCCUUUGGCUGCAGAAUUGCGACCGCAGCUGCACAGAACUGCUCGGCUUUCUGCGCAUGCGUGCAGAUUUCGAGGCUAUCGAUGUCAAGGUGCUGCGUGCUGCAAAUGAGAUGAACAGCUGGUUCUGGUGCCCAGCGGCUUAUCGAAGCUUGCUGUUCUCGCAGCUGACAAGCGAGAUCAAGAAACUUCCGCAUGACGAAAGUGGGCGCCACCACGUCUCCCAGGCAAUCCUUGUCGCGGAGGCAGCCGCGCAAGAGCUGGUGUUGAAGAACAUAUCAGGCAUCCUUGCCAGAAGCAGCUCCUUCGCCCCCUGGUUCCACUUUGGGUCGCUUUUCCAUGCUGUGAGAGCAAUGUUUCCAGAGUUUCUGGUGCUGCGGGGAUCUGCAACGAGACAGUCCUCUCCAGCAGGGCGUGCCCUGCGGGAAGCUUUGAGCCAACACCUGGGCUCGGAUUCGCCGGCUCUGGGGCCCAUGCAGGUGCUGGCCAAGCAGUGGCCAGGGCACGCCUUCUCCAGCCUGGAACGAGCUGCCCUCCGCUUUGCUGAAGCAGACUUCUUGCGGACCACCAGCGCCCCUGGCAUCCUAGGGCUCGGAGGCAGCCCGAGUGCAGCCCGCGAGGAGAUGGAGCAGCUGCUGCACACGGGGCAGCGUUUCCUGAUGCAGGCUUAUCGGCAGACGAAGGCAUCUGCUGGCACAUCGGGACUGACCGACAUGUACGGGCUCUUCACUCUCAUGGGACAAGCGGAGAUUCCUGUCUUCGAGCUCCUGGACCGUCUGGACAGCAACGUGCUCGAGGAAAUCUACCUUCCGGAUUCUGUGACCCACAGCGUCUCUCCGUUCUAUGUGCACCUGCUCCCAACGCGGAACGUCGAGUCAAAUCACGUGCGCACAUUCUUCGAGCUGCACUGUGAUAAGGUUUUCAAGGACCUUGUGACAGAGCAUCGAAGCCUUGUGCGCCCUCUGACUGUGGUGGAGAUCGGAAGCCACCUGGGAGGCUGUAUCCUCUGGGCCCUCACGCACCUGCCCGAAGAGACUCGUGGCCUCGCCGUCGAUGCCUAUGCCCCGGCUGUCGCUGCCCUGCGGCGCACGGUGGAGCAGAACCGUUUAGCGGACCGGCUGGCAGUUCUCGAAAGGUUCGUGUGCAAGGGCGACCGGAAGUUUGCCGCGACGCUGCGUCAGACUGGGAAGCACCUGGUUCAGCCAGCAUGGGGGGAGGUCAGCGAUGGCGAAGUGACGACCUCUCCUGCCCAUCAAGUGGAAUGUGUGAGUCUUCAGGCUGUCCUGGAAGAGAUGCACGUUGACCAGGUGGACCUCCUUCGGAUCCACGUCCUCGGGCGUGAGUUCGACGCGUUGCGCUCUGCCGAGCACUUCUUGCAGACUGGGAAGAUCAAAACUGCCGCAAUCUCCAUCGGCCAGGACAGCAUCGGGCUCGAAGCAAUGGCCCAGAUGCUGCUUCGCCACGGCUACACCCUGCAGCUCCAUGGCUUUACAAACUUGGACGUCUUGGCCCUCUUCCGCUCACAGCAGAUUCUUCCCAAAAGUGCUCAGACCAUGAUUGCCAGAUAUCCGCGGUAA